CAUAUGGAGCUAUUCGUUUCGUCAUGGCCUCUACGAUAUAUUUUCGGUUUCUAGAAAAUCCAAUGCGAAAUUUCGUUCGCGGCUAUCGGCAUUACCGAAUAAAAGACCUCUCUACAAAUAACUGCAAACCUGGCGAUAAAGUUAACGUUAAAGGAUGGGUGAAAUCGAUAAGGAAAAUGAAAGGAAAUCUAUUCGUCGAUGUGACCGAUGGAUCGGAUCCAACCAAUUUCCAAUUGGUGGUAAACAAGGAGAAACACAUCGACACAGCAUAUGGUUCCUCGAUUGAAGCGAGCGGCACUCUAGUCGCUACACCCAAGAAUCAGCUUGAACUACAAGUGGAUAAUUUAAUCGAAAUCGGCAAAUGUCCUCUAGCCGAAGGCUUUCCGUUUUACCCGAAAAAGUCGUACCCACCCGAGUACAUUCGCAGUCAUUUACAUUUGCGAUCGCGCGUUAGCUCCAUGUGUUCUACAUUUCGGCUGAGACAUGAAGCAACGAGAGCUUUCAACAAUUACCUAGCGAAGGACGGUUUUGUCCAGAUCCAUACGCCCAUCCUUACAUCGAACGAUUGCGAAGGGGCAGGAGAAGCAUUUCUGGUGAAACCUUCCAACGAAACGCUUCUCAAAUCCAUGAUGAAAGAGGGUGUUCCCGUGGAGCAUGCCUACUUUGAUAGAGCAACUUUCCUGACCGUUUCCGGGCAGCUGCACCUUGAAGCAAUGUCACAUGGUCUGGGCAAAGUUUACACCUUCGGUCCUACGUUUCGGGCGGAAAACUGCAAAUCCAACAUUCACCUAUCCGAGUUUUAUAUGCUUGAACUGGAAGAAGCAUUUAUGGACAGUCUUGAGGAUCUAGCAGACAGAGUGGAAGACAUGGUGAAGCAUGUCACAAAAUGUCUGCUGGAAAAAAGUGCGCCCGAUUUGAGCCUAGUUCGGAAACUAACCACUGAGCGCCCAUUAGAGGAGGCGUUUGAGUGGACCGAAAAGCCAUUCCCUCGAAUGAAUUACGAUGAAGCCAUCCGCGUGUUAAAGGCGAACCAGAGUAAAUUAAAGUCACCAGUCGAUGAACUGGAAGGAAUCAACAAGGAGCAGGAGCUAUUUCUAGUAGACUAUUGCAAGAGUCCCGUAUUCGUUUGCUACUGGCCCAAAAGUAUAAAGUCGUUCUACAUGCGCGAGAACAAACAGAACGGCCAACUUGUCGACGCGCUGGAUUUGCUAGUUCCGCAUGUGGGCGAGCUGGUGGGAGGAAGCGUUCGCGAGGACAAUUACGAUCGUUUGCAACGUAAACUUCCAAAUGUGGACCUGUUGCAGUGGUAUUUGGAUCUGCGAAAAUUUGGUGGCGUCACAACGGCUGGGUUUGGCUUGGGUUUUGAACGGUACCUAUCGUGGUUGUUAAAUGUUCACAAUAUCAAGGAUGUGAUACCGUUUCCACGUUGGGCACAUAACUGCGUUAUGUAGGCAUGGAGGAAAAACGUCUUAAAGUAGUGUGUGUACAUAAAAGCGAUUUAUUAGGUACGAAAUAAAAGUUAAUUCUUCAAAAGGACUUAUAGCACUGUCU